UUCCUCACCCCUCACACCAUUCACCAAUAAUUAUCCAAUAACAUUAAUUAUUCCAUCCUAGCUAUGACGAACUGCUCUUUCUCUGCGGGUGCACUCAUGCUCAUCAUGUUACUGGUCUCGGCAGCGGUUCAUGACGUUGCUUCAGCCAUCCGCCCCGAAGGAGAUGGAAUUCUGAAGCAGGACGGUACAGUUGCUGCUGGAUGGGUUUCUUCUACUGAACCCACCCGAUUUGGGCGCGGUCUUUGGUCGGAUGAGUUAUAUAAACGGAAUCACAGGGAGGGUGAUGGAAGCAUAAAGCAAGAGGGUACUGUUGCUGCUGGACCCAUCAAGCCAGACGGUGAUGGAAUCAUAAAGCAAGAUGCAAUCGCCGAAUCAGGCGACGGAAUACGAAGCAAGAUGGCGUUGGGUUUGUUUCUAGUGCUGCAACAGCCACUAACAACGACAAGAUUAUCAAAGGGAACCCAAUACUCCCUUGAGGAAGUCACAGAUGAUCAGUCUGUCAAAGUUCUUGAUGAGUUUCCUGUUUCGUCUAAGGCUGAGAAGUUACACAACUGCUAAUAAUUGAUUGCUAAAUAAACAAAUGUGGCACUCGAUCGUUAUUAUUAAUAAAAUAAUGGCAACUUAGCAAGUGAAUCUUGUGGACUCGUUAUUAUUAUUAAUCAAAUAGCCCUUGUAUUGUAUUAAUUAACGUGAAUGUUGAUGUGCAGCCUUGGUAACGACAUCGUUAAAGUUAAAGACUAAUUGUUUUUGUGACAUCAUUAAAAAUUUGAUCAUUAA